UUUCGGUAUUUCGAUCGAUUUUACAUUUCGUUUCAUGUUUGACGUUUGUAAAUUGUCUUCAAGUUUCAUUGUAAAUAAUUGUGGUUGUUGUAAUUGUGGAAUGCGAAAAGUUGUUGACGUUUUUUUUCAUUAUUUUGUUUUUUUGAUUUACUGUUUGGUUUCCCGUACCUCAAUCUAAACUUCCAUGUUCAGUUAUCGCAAUGAUCACCAUGCAGAAAGACUGUCGACGGAUGAAAAUAUUACGGACGAGAAUUCUGGCGCCAAUAGUUUCAGUGAACAUAAUCUCUCGUCUGAAGAUGAUUUCCGUGGCUUUGAAAAAAUCCCAGUGGUUCGUAUAGAACGUUUCGAUAUAUCUAAAUAUGUGAAUGAUGGGGAACACAGAAAUGAGAAUGUACAGUUGGAAAAAGACGCGGCAAAAAAUUCGGCUGUUACGAAGUUUCUGCAGGAAUGCGUCGUAAAGCUUGUUCGAGAGGACUUAGAGCAGUUAAAAGAAACGUAUACUAAAAAUGUGCUUCUGAAUAAGGAGACGGUUAAGGACUGUGACGCAAAAUUGAUGUUAAAAUGUAAGAUUUGCGAGAAGGCGUAUACCAGUGAGAAAAAGCUAAAGAACCACCAGGAAAACAAACAUUUAUUAGUUUACAAGCCUCGAGCCAAGACGCCGAAGCGUGUAUCGUUUUCAGAUCACGUCAUCGUCCACGAAGUCAAGGAAUACCACAGAUGUAGGAAGUGUCCGAAAAUAUUCGAAAACUACACAGCGUUGAAAGUGCACAUGAAAAGAAAUCAUAAGAAGCGUAAGUGCUACAUUUGUAACUAUUGUUCCAAGAAAUUUGUCGAUCGCAUGUUUUUCAAAGUACAUAUCAAAUUACACUGUGAUGUUUGUGGCCAACUCUUGCUGAAUAAGCAGAAAUUGAUGGAGCACAGGCGGAACGUUUGUAAUGUAGUAAAGAAAUACGCUUGCAAGACUUGUGACGAGUCAUACUUUAGUGUUAUGGAUCUAAAAGAUCACAGCUACAAUCAUAUGGGUAUAUUUUUUAUUUGCGACAUAUGUAAAGACCAGUUUCAAAGUAAAUGCGAAGUCGCUCAUCAUAUUAAGUUCCUACAUUCCACGCAAGCACCCCAAGACUUGUUUGAAGUCCAUACAUUGGGUUCCGAUACAUUGUACACAUGUAGAUUUUGCGAAAUGAGUUCAGUGGAGAGAGAUGUAAUAGAGAAACACAUUUCCACCCUUCCCGAUUUAACGAACAGAGCGAUGACAGGUUACGACGAUUUCUAUUUCUGCGAUCAAUGUUGUAAACAGUUCCCCACGGAAGCGGACAUGUUGAAACACAAGUGGAGUCACUUUUUAAACUCUACGGACAACUCGCAAGAGCGGCCGAUGCGGAAGUCGAAAAUUAAACAAACAUAUAAUGCUAGUGAAAAAAUUCCAGAGUUUAUGCAGCCGAAGCUGGUUCUCGAGAAGAUUAAGGUCGGCGGGCGGGUCGUGAGCGAACCGCUCAAGUUUGUCAAGGUUAAGAAUGUGGAUAUACAGAGUGGAGAGAUUAAGAAGCCAGUUAUAGAUCCUGUGUCCAAGAAGACUAUCAUAUCGAAACAUCAGUGUGCUACAUGCAUGAAGUAUUUCUCCUCAAACUACUGUCUCAACAGACACAUACUGAAGGUACAUAAAAAGUUCGACGAUUUACAAUGCCACCGUUGUGAAGAGAUAUUUGUGUGGCCGUCCCUUCUGCUGUCACAUAACUGUAUUCGGGAUAACAUACCGGAAAUGCCAUUUGAUGACGCAAGACCAGAGAUACAGAUAGACAAUAUGCCGGAAGAUUACAUAGACGACUUCGAUAGUGAUAUGAACUCGCUCGACUACGAUAUGCCUGCUCCAAUUUGUGAAUUGACGGAAUACGAAAAUGUAAGAAUUGUACUGAACUAUGAUGACGGUACGUCGAGUACUAAGAUAUGUGUUAAUCCGUUGCCCGAUUAUAAUGUUUUGCAAGAGGUACCUAUUUAGUUUUAGUUUGUAUAUAAAAAAUACAAAAAUUGUCCCAAACGAAACUCUGCCUAUGCGUUUGGCAGAGUUUUAUAAUGAGCGAUACAAAAGAUUUUGAACAUUAAUGCACAGGCAUAAGGUGUUAAUUUCAAUGAAUGUCUUAUACACCGCUCGGAUAUUUUAUACGAACAUUUUAUAGCUGUAGUCUGGUUGUUUAUAGUAUGUCAAUACAUUCUAGUGUUUAUGUAUAUAAAAUUGUCUAUCACAGUCGUAAUGAUAUUCACAUACCUACAGUAGGGGCAAUAUUGGAACUGCACGCUUAAUUAUUGGCUCCUUAAUUGUGACGUGUAUAGGCAAGCGGGAGCAAUUUAGAGAUUAACCGAAAUUGCCCCUGCGGCAGGUCGGUGAGUAGCCGGCUUAACCAAACUUUGACAGUUUGACCGACUUAUUUUUUUGUAUAUUCGUUCGGUCUGAGAUCUAAUAUGGUUGUAAACUAUUUUUUU